GCCGGCGCGGCCUUUUGGCUUUUGCGUUUCUUUCUUGAGCCCCAAGAAGGGGAGAAGAGACGAGACGACGGGCUCGGCCGCCGCGCCGCAAACAAAAGAGAAAGAAGCAGCCGCACGACACGGUGCCGUCGCAGCCGCCGCGUCUCGCGGUUCACAGGAGCACAGCAACGCGUGUCGCUCGCCGGAGUUCCUCCCCCAGUUUCCGUCCAGGCAAGCGGUAGUUUCUUCCAUCAUAUGGUUUGGGUGUCCGCUUGUUUUUGUGUUCUAUGUUGACGCAAGAGCUUGCUCGAGUUGACUGCUUUACGAUGUAUUAGAGGGUAUCAGGGUUCUAUGCACUUGAUAAAUCUUGCGAUCACUACUAGCAUAUAUAGAGAGCCUCAAUUGCUUGUUUGGAAAAUCGAGUACCACAGUAGUAUGUUAGGUUUGGCGAAGGAGCCAACUUUGGGGGCAGCUGAUUCUGUAAAUUCACCGUAGUAGUGUUAUGCUGCAACGUCACAGAUUAUAAGGCGGAUGCUGCUAUAUGGUUUAGCCUCUUCUUGAAUUUCUUUCUGUUUGUGACUAGCCAACUUUUGUGACUACGUACCUGAGAUGGGUGACAGUUCCACGUGCAUCUCUUUCACUGAAUAGGAUGGGAACUACAAAAGAAAAAUGUUAUCCGAGGGGAGAAGGGUCUCUAAUGAUGGAGAACAGGACAGUAGUGCUGAAAUUUUACUCAAAGCAGUUCAUCCAUCUCACCAUCACGUAAAUGUAGAGCUCAACAAUACCUGCUGAAAAUGGGCAGCACUGAGGUUCCAAUGCCUGUGCCGUCACCUGAAAGCCCAGCUGUGAAUGAAGGGUCAGCUCCUGCUACCGACUCGAAGCCAAAAAAGAAGAUAUGCUGCGCGUGCCCUGAUACCAAGAGGCUGAGAGAUGAGUGCAUCGUUGACCAUGGGGAAUCUGCAUGCACAAAAUGGAUCGAAGCUCACAAGCGAUGCCUCCGUGCUGAGGGGUUUAAGGUCUGAUUCUUCUCUGGUCUGCUUAAUCUGUGGUGUGCUGGUGUCUGCUUGCAAAUUAGAAGUUACAUAACAUGUCAGAUGCAACCAGGACCCUGUUGCUCCUCCCAAACUUUCUGGGCUUUGGAACCCAUGCUUAUUGUUUUGCUAUCCUGCUCUAUUAAUAGAUGAGGCAACUCUCCUGCCUCCGUUCAAAAAAAAAUACUGAUGAGUGAUGAUUGUUGGUUAUGUUUAGCAAUUUACUAGCUGCUUUUUUUAAUGGCAUGGAAGAAAAGAACUGGAGGUGAAAUUUGUGUCAGACAC